UUCUGUGGUUUUAAUUUGUGUUUAUAGUUGGUUCACUUACAUGCAAUGGGGGGAAAGAGUGAUUUGGUUACUCGCACUUGGGUAAUAAUGCUUGUUUUGUUUUUUGGCUGCUGUGUGACCACCAUCGCCGCCGCCGCUGUUUCGCAGGUUGCCGCCCAGGAUCAGAUACGUAUCCAAUGUGGGUAUACUAGAUUUCCCAGGUUGUGCGUCCAGACGUUGUCCGGUUUGGUCUCCGGCGAACGUGUUGAUUUUGCGGCGGCCCUGCUUCUCAACAAGACAAUAGCUCACGCCGAUCUUCAUAUUGCCCACUUUGACCAACUCAGCUCCCAUUUCGUUUCUUCACAGCCGCCACAACCCAGACUACAGGCAAUAGGUUAUUGUGAGGAGUUGAUGGGAAUGGCUCGGCAGCGGCUGAAUGAAGCGCUGGUGGCGAUGAAAGAAUCUCCGGGGAAGAACAGACAGGAGGACAUCCAAACAUGGCUGAGCGCCGCCGUGACGUUCCAACAAGCUUGCAAGGACUGGGCUGAUCAAUAUGCGUUUUCCGAUGAAUUGUUUGCUCGGAUUUCCCGUAGCAUGGACUACCAGUCGCAACUAGCCAGCAACGCAUUGGCACUCGUCAAUAGAAAUACUGAAAUUUCCGCCGCCGGACGUCAACUAUCGGAGGAGGAUAUAGACGACGACGACGACGGAGGAUUCUUUCCCGACUGGGUAUCGGGUCGUGAUCUGAGACUGCUCGAGACGACGACGGACAAGACAAAAGCAAACGUUGUGGUGGCGAAAGACGGGACGGGGAACUUCAGAACGGUGGCGGAGGCCAUCGGAGCUGCAAGUGGGCGGCAACGGUUCGUGAUAUAUGUGAAGUCUGGAGUUUACAAGGAGAAAAUUCGGAGCAGUAAAGAUGGAAUCACGUUGAUCGGAGAUGGAAAAUAUUCUACCAUCAUUACCUGGGACGAUAGCGUCGGUGGUGGCUCUUCCCUCACCGGCUCUGCCACUUUCGGAAUCACCGGAGAUGGGUUUAUUGCUAAAGAUAUUGGAUUCCAGAACACGGCGGGCCCCGGAGCGCAUCAAGCCGUGGCUUUAACCGUAGCUUCCGACCACUCCGUUUUCUACCGGUGCAGCAUUUCCGGUUACCAAGACACGCUCUACGCGCUCUCCCUCCGCCAGUUCUACCGGGAGUGUGACAUCUCCGGCACCGUGGAUUUCAUCUUCGGAAACGCCGCCGCAGUUUUCCAGGCCUGCAAUCUGGUGCUCCGCCGUCCCAGCUCCUACAACGUUAUCCUGGCGAACGGGAGGAGUGAUCCGGGCCAAAACACCGGGUUCUCGGUGCAAAAGUGUAAGAUCACGCCGGGGCCGGAUUUUUCUCCGGUGAAGAAUUCGUACAACUCGUAUCUGGGCCGGCCCUGGAAACCGUACUCGAGAGCGGUGGUGAUGGAAUCGGAUAUCGACGGCGCGAUAUCGGCGAGAGGGUGGAUUGAGUGGCCCGGAACUUCGUCCUCCUCCGUCAGGGAGCUCUAUUUCGGGGAAUACGCGAACGUGGGGGCUAGGGGCGGGUUGGGUGGGAGAGUCGGGUGGCCCGGUUUUCAUGCCAUGGGGAAAGAAGAGGCCGAGAAAUUCACGGUGGCGAAGUUCAUCGACGGCAAUUCGUGGCUGCCUUCCACCGGAAUCAAUUUCGUCCCCGGGCUGUAAUAACUGAAUUCCACGGUUUAAUUACGGUUGAAAUUUUGAAUGCGAUUAGAUUAGUAUGUGGUGGAAGUAUAAGUGUAUAACUAGACAGUAAAAGAAAUAGAAUUUCUUCAUGGGAUAGCCAA